AUGGGCAACGUUGAGAAAGGCAAGAAGAGUUUUUUUCAGAAGUGUGCCCAGUGCCACACUGUGGAAAAGGGAGGCGAGCAUAAGUCUGGACCAAAUCUCCGCGGUCUGUUUGGGAGGAAGACAGGUCAGGCGGCUGGACUCAGGAUGCCUGAUGGAGUUUUGGAGAAUCCCAAAAAGUACAUCCCUGUAACAAAAAUAAUCUUCGCUGGAAUUAAAAAGAAGGGAUAG